AUGUGGUCGAGAAACGAGAACGAAGCAUCGCUAACCCCUGCCGCCACUGUCGUCGUCAUCGGACCUUGCCGUUGUAGCCUUCAGAUCUGCUGCACCUCCUCCAUCGAUUUGUCACCAACCCAGAUCCCCAAUGUCGAUUUCCCCAUCUGCGUUGCUGUUAAAUUAAGCCUGCUUCCGUCCCUUCCAACAAUCGAAGCGUCGUCCCUCACCAACACAGAUCGGGCAACCGAGAAAGCUGCUGCGUUUUCUGUCUUGUCUUUCUUCGUGGCUUCGGCACAGGAGGGAGAAGAUGAGGAAGAAGUGAAAAGAUUCUCCAGGAACCGAGUUUUCUUCAUGGGGAUCCCCAACUGUUGAUAACUUUGAGAAGUUGGAGCGAAUUGGAGAGUGCACCUUUGGGUAUUUUAUUGGUACAGCAACAAUUUAUAAUGCAGUACCACUUCAUUGUUGCAAAAUAUGCUUUUCUAGUUUUAGUUCUUGCUUGUUUCUAUGGCUUCUCAAAUUCCUUAGGGAGCAAUCAGUAUUCGAGAUUCCUGGUGUUGUAAACUUUUAAUUCUUGACACAAACUUGAUUCUAGCUUCGUGUUAUUCUCUUCUUCUUGCAGUCAAGUUUACAUUGCUCGUGAGAUAGCAACAGGAGAAAUAGUUGCUCUGAUGAAGAUAAGAAUGGACAAGAGAGAGAGAGAGAGAGAAGGGUAAGUUAUAUGCUAUUGUGAAUAUCUAACUGAUGCAAAACACAUGAUAGCCAUUGCGUUUCUCUUUGCGAAUCUGGAUGCCUUGAAUGGAAACUCCAUUGAUGGAAUGGAUCCAGAGCUCUGUCUCUCUUUCAUUUUGUUGAAUUAAUUGGAAUCUGUUAAUUAUUGAUGAGAGACAGAUAACAUUCAUGAGCAGACAGAUAACAUUAACUGCUCAUGAAGCUCUGUAAUCUUCCAUAACUUCUUAGCUACCUCCUAGCUGUAUACACCCUACCUCCUAGCGGUAUAGAGCAAUGCUCCAUGUCUAAAUUCGUGUAUAUAUACUCAUGAUAUAAUGAAAGUAAGAUAGGCUUUCUGGG